AUGGAGGACUGGUGUCGGGGAGCUGGUUGUAUCUUCGUUGAGAUGCUUCAGGGGUUUCCAGCAUUUCCAGGAAUGAAAGAUGAGUUUGAACAACUGCAGAAGAUCUGGACGGUUCUGGGCGUCCCGUCUGAGGACAUCUGGCCUGGAGUCAGUCAGCUGCCUAACUAUCAACCCGAUCGAUUUCUUUUCUCUGAGCCGAAGUCAUUGAGAAACGUUUGGAAAAGGUUGAACCAGCUGCCCUAUAAGACCGAGGACCUGGUCCAGAGGAUGUUGAAGGUCCUCCCUACGGACCGGAUCUCGGCGCAGGACUCCCUGCAGCACCCGUACUUCAGCACGCUGCCUCCUCCCAUCAUGCACCUCAGAGAUACGGUGUCCAUUUUUAAGGUGCCAGGUGUUCAACUGGAGACGGAGGUCAGAGACGUUUUUAACUCCGGACAAAAGAUUAAACCAUCGCUGCUGCUAAGCGCCAAGUUCUGGUGAACACACUCAGACCAACCACCAUCAACCUGAGGAGACGAACAGAGGGGAAUAAAACCCUUCUCAAUCAACCUAAUGAGACUAACAGAGGGGUGAAGAAACCCACUAUAUAAACACAAACAUAGAAUGUAACUGAUUCUAGCAUAAAGCUAAGUGCUGAAGCUAAGUACUAAAGCUAAGCUAAGUACUGAAGCUAAGCACUAAAGCUAAGCUAAGUGCUGAAGCUAAGUGCUGAAGCUAAGCACUGAAGUUAAGCUAAGCGCUGAAGCUAAGUGCUGAGGCUCAGUGCUAAGGCUAAGCGCUGAAGCUAAGCUAAGUGCUGAAGCUAAGCUAAGUGCUGAAGCUAAGUGCUGAGGCUCAGUGCUAAGGCUAAGUGCUAAGGCCAAGUGCUGAAGCUAUGUGCUGAGUGCUGAAGCUAAGCUAAGUGCUGAAGCUCUGUGCUAAGUGCUAAAGCUAAGCUAGUGCUAUGGUUUGUUUACAUGUUCUUGUCGUAUGUAAAUCUGCUUUAAUCUCCGUAUUUGUUGAUUUAAAUCUCAAACGUUCGCUUCAUGAUUUUCGGUCCUUGGGGACGUCGGUCUGAACGAUUCUCCCUUUAGCAUUCGUUAGCAUUCGUUAGCAUUGUUCAGAUUCAUGAGGAUUUAUUCAUGAGUAACAACCCCCCCGACACUCCUCUUGAAUAAUGAGUGAAUCUUAAUGUCGACAAGCUGCCAAAUACAAACAUCUUUUUCAUGUUAAUGUGUUCCGAUAUAUUAUUAUUAUUUUACAGACAAUAAUGUUUUAUUUUAUUUAAGAGUCACGUCAAACUUUAUUUGAAACAACUAAACAACAAACUUCUUCUUCUUCCUCUUCUUCAACAUCUGUCUGAUCAACGUAAGAAAAACAACUUACGUGUUUUCUGUUUUACAGUGUUUCUCUGUUUUCAGUGUUUUACGGUAUUUUACCGUGUCUUUACAGCGUCUUUAGAGGCUGUAACUGUUUUACAGUGUUCAACAUUUUAUUAUUUUCACUGUUUUACAGUCUUUCUGUGUUUUCACUGUUUUCAGGGGUUUAUGUUUUUCUAGGUGCUUUCAGUGUUUUACGGUAUUUUACCGUGUUUUUACGUUUCUUUCGAGGCUGUCACUGCUUUAGUGUUUUACGGUAGUUUUCUUUCUUUCUUUUUUUACAAUAUAAUGAAAAGGAAGUUUAAUGUCAAUGUUAUUAAAUGUUAUCUGAACAAUUGUUCACCUUUAGUUAUUUAGUCGUGUAAAUGUCCAAAGUAUUAAUUAUCUUAUCGUUAAGUUUAGUGAACUAAUCCGAGCUAAACGUGCCAGAAACAUGCUAACGUUAGCAUGUCAAGCUAGUUAGCCGUACAUGCUAAUGUCGACAGACGUGUGUUUUUUAAACACAAAGUGAAUCAAUUGGAUAGUUUUUGAUUAUUUUCAGUUCUCUUCUUCACUUGUUUAUUUAAUUUGACGUCGUAUCACAGAAACAAACCGUCGGUCUCUUUCUUCUCUUGUUUGUUCUCAGAAUAUUUUACAUAUUAUUAGUUUAAU